CCUCCUCCCCCUCCUCCUCCGCAUCAACCACAAACACAACAAACUCGCACCCGCAAACCCAAGCCUACAUAACAAGCUACGACCCCUUCUCCCUCCCCACAGCCUCAAACCUAAUGACCUACCUCUACACGCGCGACCCAACAACCAACCGACCCAACGGCCUGGCCGCCCUCCGCUACCUCGGCGCCCACAACGGAUACCACCUGGACCCAUGCAUCGCCAGCCCAGGCAGUCCAAAGGGGAUCUCAGAUCUGCUGCUAUUCGCCGCGAUGGCGCUCCUGCGGCAGAUGGGAUGCAACUACCUGAGCCUGGGGUACGAGCCGUUCGAGGAGCUGGGGACGGUGGAGGGGCUGUCGUCGGGCUUGGUCGAGCGGUUGACGAGGAGUAUGUAUCGGUAUGCGUUUGCGCGGCUGCCGAUCCAGGGGAAGAAGGCGUAUCAUGAUAAAUUCCGGCCUGAUGCGGCGUUGGAGCGCGGACUGUAUUUGAUGUUUGUGAGUGAGGGCGGUGCGGGCCUGAAGAAAGGGCUGGGCGGAGGCGUGGAGUUGGUGAGGCAGGUUGUUGGUGUGGCGCAUUUGGCGAAUAUUCGCAUAAGGAGGGUGGUUUGGGGGUGAUUCUUUUUUUUUUCCCUUUAAAAUUCGGGGUGUUUUGGGG